AUUGAUAACAAAUAUCUUGAAUCGCACAACACUGACGCGUAAAGUUGUUGGCUUUGAGAGUGCGAUAAUGCUGCCAUCCUUUUCCUAGUACUAAUCAGUGACCUUCUCAUAUUGUGCAAAUCUCACCAACAACUUCUCACUUCCUAAAAGCUAUUGUAAUUCUGCAAACAGCAUGGCUCAACUUUCAGUUCUUCCGGCUGGGGUUUUGCUAUCUAAGCGUGUCCAGGAAAUGGUCCUGGAAGGGCAAGAACCACCAGCUCCGUAUGUUUGCAGAACUGAUGAUAGACUUCAAGAGGUUGAAGCUCCAUUUUCUAUGGUGCCCAUCAUUGACCUUAGUGUUUGCGCCUCAUCGACGCCUGGCGAAGAGCAAAAGAAAGAACUGCACAAGCUCAAUUCAGCACUUUGCUCAUGGGGUUGCUUUCAGGCAGUGGGUCAUGGGAUUUCCAGUACUUUUCUAGAUGAAAUUCGCAAAGUUUCAAAGGAAUACUUCAAACAGCCAAUGGAAGAGAAGAAGAAACAAGCGAAAGGAGUUGAAGAUUUUGAAGGCUAUGGAGCUGACCCUGUGCCUGAAGAAGGUCAAUUUUUGGAUUGGUCUGAUAGGCUCUAUCUUGAAGUGUACCCAGUGGAUCGAAGAAAUCCUAAAUUAUGGCCAGAAAAACCAGAAUCUUUCAGAGGCAUAUUAGAGGAAUACUCCGUUAAGAUGAAAAGGGUGACAGAACUCACUUCCAAAGCAAUGGCAAAAUCAUUAAACAUAGAGGAAAAUUGCUUCUUGACACUGUUUGGAGAAAAAGCACAGUACCAGGCUAGGUUUAACUACUACUCGCGUUGCCAAAGACCUGAUCUUGUUCUCGGCUUAAAGCCGCAUUCAGAUGGAUCUGGAUACACCAUUAUAAUGAUGGAUGAAGAGGGUCUGCAAAUCCUCAAAGAUGAGAAGUGGUUUACAGUACCCAAAAUCUCUGAAGCUCUCCUAGUUCUCAUGGGCGAUCAAAUGGAGAUAAUGAGUAAUGGGAUAUUCAAGAGCGCAGUACAUAGGGUGGUGGCUAGCUCAGAAAGGGAGAGGAUUUCCAUGGCUGUUUUCUAUACACCUGAAGUAAACAAAGAGAUUGGACCAGAAGACAGCUUGACCAAUGAGGAAACAUCAAAAUUAUUCAAGAAGGUGAAAAAUUAUGCUGAUAUUCACUGGGGAUUCUACCAGAAAGGAGAGAGAGCACUUCAUGUUGCAAAAGUGUGAUAGUGAAAAGUUCUGUUGUGUAUGUUUUGCACGAUAAUAAAACUAUGUAUACAAACAAAUUAAACAAACUUAUCUUAAACCUUAAUGAAAUCUCUCCUUUGCAUGCUUUUUGA